UUGGUAACAUUUCCGUUUUUAUAUUUUUUCUGUAAAGAAAUGUCUGAUUGAGCAUUCAUCAAAGAGAUACACAGUAUACCUUGACCAAUAGAAAGUGGGGUAAAAAAAAAAACUGAAAAUUCGCAAAAACAAGGAGAUCAGUGAAGAGGAAUGCACACUCACGAAGAGAAAAAGAAAGUGGAGUUUGUCCCGGUAUGAAUAAACAAGAGAAAUUGGUUAAUCCCUCUUACGGGAAGAGGCCUGUCUGAACGCCUCCCCCUGCCUUUGGCUUGGAUUCUCCUGCUCACUCUUGUCUCCCUGCGCUUUGCCAGAGCCAGCAGCCAAACUAAAUAGUUUUGUGUUUUUUUGAGGGGACUUUUAGACUCUUGUUUUUCAUUACCCCAUCGUUCUCCAAUAAACCACUAAGCUACACAAAACAGCAAGAACCUUACUCGAGUCUGACUGUCUUUGUCAUUCACAGGAUAUGUGAUAGUACUUGUACUGGCUGUGAUAUUCAUUCUCUACAUUGAAAAAAAUGGGCUGGAUCUAUCCCAUAAUCUGGCUGUUGUGUGCGUAUGAUUGCUGGAGUUUAGUGGUCCCCAGACGCUCCAUUAUGCCUACCCUGCAUGGGGAGGUGGAAUCGCCCCUGUACCCCCGGCCCUACCCAGGCUCCCUGUCUGAGCAGUGGUAUCUCUCUGUACCUGCGGGCUACCAAGUACAGCUCACUUUCACACACCUGGACGUUGAGCCAUCAGCUGACUGCUACUACGACUCAGUGACGGUGAUGUAUGAGCAGAAGGUGCUGGGAAAAUUCUGUGGUCAGGAGAAUUCUGCAGAAGGCCGUCACCCCGGCAGACAACCCAUUCUGUCUCCCGGCAACCACCUCCGUGUAAUCUUUCAAACCGAUGACUCAAACGCCGGGCCGCAUCAGCACAUUGGCUUCUCUGCCUUCUAUCAGGCCAUAGACAUUGAUGAGUGCUCCUUGCCUGAUCCGGAUGAUGGCUCUGGACCCCUGUGCUCUCAGAUUUGCCACAACACCUUGGGGUCCUACCUGUGUUCAUGUCGCCAUGGAUACCAGCUCAGGCCCGACCAGCACACCUGCGUGUUGGAUUGUGGAGGUGGUCUUUAUACUGAGGCUGAGGGAGUUCUGACAAGUCCAGGCUACCCCCUCCCCUCCCCCCUCGGCAUGUCCUGCCAAUACCACAUCUCAGUGGAGCUCGGGUUCACUGUGACUCUCAACUUCAUGGGACCUUUUCACAUAGAGGGCACAGGACCGGAUGAUUCGAACUGUCUCCACCACUGGCUCCAGGUGUCCAUCCCAGAAAGAGAGCCCAUGAAGCUAUGUGGGGACAAGAGUCCAGGAGUGAUUCCCACCCAGUCCAACUCCGUUCAGCUGGAGUACCACACUGACUCUGCCGGGCUCAGCCACGGCUGGAAAAUGCAUUAUACCACACAGAGGGUGCAGUGCGAAUCUCCAGGUAAAAUCUCUAAUGGAAAAGUCACCCCCAGCUUUCCUCAGUACCUGUACAGAGACUACAUUCAUGUGCGCUGUGACACAGGCUACAAGCUGAUGAUGGGUGGUAAAGAAAUCCAGAGCUAUUUCUCCGUGUGUCAGAGUGACGGCCAGUGGCACAUUCCUCUUCCCCAGUGCCAGAUGAUAGACUGUGGGGACCCAUCCCCUUUGUUGAAUGGAGGAGUCUCCUUUCUGUCUGGCGCUAAGAACCAGUACCUCUCUGUGAUUGAAUAUCACUGUAAUGAACCAUUCUACUCCCUGGUAGACGGAGUUAGUGUGAACUACACAUGUGCAGCAGACAGGAAAUGGAAGGACCAUCGUAACAAUUAUAUAAUACCCAAGUGUUUCCCAGUGUGUGGCCGUCCCACUGCAUCCUUAACCAAAUUUCAGAGGGUGUUGGGGGGGGCACCUGCGCCACCAAGAACAUUCCCCUGGCAGGUUUUCUUAUCUACUGGACACAGGGGUGGGGCUGCUGUCAUUGGGGAUCAGUGGCUCAUUACAGCAGCUCACAACCUGGUUGAUAGGAUCAGCAACACGCCCAUCUCUGUGGAUAGAGUGAAGGCAUAUGUGGGAGACAUUGAUGUUCAGCAACUCCUAAAAUUCCAGCCACUUAGCAUUGCCUCCCUUCAUCCUCAUCCUGAUUACAAAAACGAAGAAACAAACUUCAACCAUGACAUUGCCCUCAUCAAACUCCAGCAGCCAAUCACAUUCAGCCACAAUGUCAUGCCUCUGUGUCUGCCACCAAAGGGUGCUAAAUACACAACUGGGACAGUGGGCUUCGUCUCUGGUUUUGGCGUGACAGAGGAGGAUGUGGUCUCCAACAUACUCAAGUACCUGCGUCUCCCCUUGGUGGAUCACGCUGUGUGUGGCAAGUCCAUCGACAGCCAAAGAAUGAAAAACGGAAAAAUUCCCAGUUUGACUGGCAACAUGUUCUGUGCUGGGUUCCCUGAAGGGGGCAGGGAUACCUGCAGUGGAGACAGCGGAGGAGCUUUUGCCUUACGAGAGAAUGACCAGUACUGGGCAGCCGGGAUUGUUAGCUGGGGAAUCGACUGUGGGGUUCAGGGUACCUAUGGAGUUUAUACCCGAGUGGAAAACUAUUUAGAUUGGAUAAAGAAAACAAUGGGGGGAAAUCUCUACCUGCAGUUCUGUGUCCUGUUUUUGCCUGUGGUUGCCUCUCAGUCCAUUUUUGGGUGGGUGGAGUCCCCCGGUUACCCCGGAGCUUAUCCAGAUGAAGCCAAGUUUGACUGGAAGCGGUGUGCCCCUUCUGGCCACACCCUCUCUCUCACCCUGAUUCACCUGGACAUGGAGGACAGUGAAGGGUGUAAGAAGGAUGCACUGGAGAUCUCGAGCGAUGAAGGGAAGCUUGUCUCCUUGUGUGGUCGGAAGUCAUAUGAGGAGCUCCAGUCAUCAGUCAAUCCUUCUCUCCGAUCCUCUCCCUCUGGCUGCCUCAAGCUUUCAUUCCACUCAGAUUACUCCAACACCCAGAGGCACAGCGGCUUCAGGGCAUUUUACACUGUGCAAGAUGUAGACGAGUGUGUUGAUCCAAACAACCGCUGCACACAGUUCUGCAGCAACUACGCCGGGGGAUACCAUUGCUUCUGCCAACCAGGCUACCACCUGGACACAGAUGGACACACCUGCAGAGUGAGUUGUGGUGUGGACAUAUCAGGCUCAAUUCUCAGUACAGUUACCAGCCCAGAUCAACGUGACUCAUAUGCAAAUGACCUCCAGCUGGUCCUGGAGUUGACAGAUGAUUUUGACCAGCUGGAAGUAGACAGGGGUCCCUGCAAUGACUCCUUGAUGAUUAGAACCCCCUCACGUGAAUUUGGGCCCUUCUGUGGCCAUGUACCUCGUCUUUCCCCUCUCGUCAGAGGAUCUCAUCAUGCCAAGAUUGUCUUCCGCACAGACAGAGCCGGAAACAACACCGGGAUCACAAUCAGCUACAAAAUCAAAGGUUCCCUGACAGCUGUAGACUGUGGGAUUCCUGACGUUCCAGAGGGUGGGCCCCUACAGCUGGCAGAUCAGAACCCCAGAACAAAGUACCGUGAUGAAGUCCGAUUCCAGUGCGAAUCUAAAUACUACACAUUGGAGGGGGAUGAAAAGUAUAUUUGUGAUGCUGAGGGAAACUGGAGGUCUGAGAGUGGUCAAACUGUGUUGCCAAAAUGCGUGCCAGUGUGUGGAAAGACAGAGAAUGAGAUCUUCAGCUUCUCCAGGAUUUUAGGGGGACAGGAAGUACAACCGGGCGAAAUUCCCUGGCAGCUAUGGCUCUAUUCACGCAGAGGAGGAGGAUCACUGAUCAAUGACCGCUGGGCUGUCACAACUGCUCAAGUGGUGGAUGGAUAUGAGGAAACUACUUUGCGUAUUUAUGGGGGUUUGGUGCAAGCGCGGGGAGCGUACGGCAUUGAGCAACGGGGGGUGACGCCUGAGGACGCAAUGAAGACUAAUCCUGGCCUGGUAGUAUUGUAUUCUCAGAAGAUCCUUAUUCACCCCCAGUACCAGAAGGGCCUAACUGAUGCGGAACGCUUGAACUUUGACAAUGACAUCGCUCUGAUAAAACUGAAAUCCAGGGUUAAUCUGGGUCCCACCAUACUCCCCAUUUGCCUACCAGAAAAGAAGGAAGGGCUAUCAAUGGAAAAUAAGGUGGGCACAGUUUCAGGCUGGGGGUUAAAUGAAGGUGGUGUACUAAGUAGGAAAUUGCUUUAUACAAAUAUUGUUGGUUACCCCCACAGUGAGUGUUCUGAUACUCCUAUACAUCUGAGCAAACGCAUGAAAGUGAUUUUCACUGAGAACAUGUUCUGUGCCGGGGAACAAGGACACGACAGCUGCACGGGUGAUGCUGGAGGGCCCUUUUUCAUUCCCAGGCUUGGUUCAGGUAACAAGGGGAGCAAAGGGCCAUACCGCCUGUAUGGCAUCGUGUCCUGGGGUGCAGAAUGUAAGGAUAAGGGCUACUACACCAAAGUGGAGAACUACCUGGACUGGAUUAAGGAAACGAUUGAGAAGGAAGAGAGUGAGGAGUGAAGACAUUAAACAAGAAAAAACCCUUUUCACUCAACAUUUUAUCUAGCUGUUACCAAUGAAUAUGUUUAUGCCAUUGGAGCUUAUUAUUAAAAUCAUAAGUUUAGUGUAUAAUGUCUGUAAUAUUUGAUUAGAUGGGAUGUUUUCCUAGAGAUAGACUGGUACUGUAUAGACUAACAUCAUGGUCUCCAGUAAUAGGAAGGCUGAUUGUGUUGAGGAUAUUGGAGAGGAAUUCAGGUUUCAUUGUUGGUAGGUAAUUGGAUAAAAGAUUAAUCAUAAUUAAAAUCUCGCUUGGGUUGGGAUAGAGCCAUUUUCAGUCAGUGUCCUCAAUAAAAAAAAUACUCAAAAAGAGUGUGUGCUAUCAUAAUGUAAACUUAUUAAUAAAG